UGUAUGUUUCCGCCCGGACGGUGUUAAAGACGAACCAAAUACAUCCAUUAGUGGUGACCAGACGUUUUUUUUAAUGUUUAUUGAAUUCCGUAUUUUGUGGUGUUGCAGGCAGUUGUUCUUUCCUCAGUACAUCACGUGUUGAAAGCGGUUAGCAGCCGAAACAGCAGAGUUUCACCGGAAGAGCUAAAACAAGAGAGAGGCUGCGCUCCGCUAGCGAGUCAUGCUCCUGGUGGACCCUGGUCUGUACAUCGGCACUGCGGCUGACCUUAAUGACAGCCAGGGAUUGGCCGAUGCAGCUGUCAAUCACAUCCUGUCUGUGGACUCUGUGGAUCCUGCCCCUCUGUUUCCUGCUGAUGGGGGCUUCCACAGGAAGUGGAUCAAUGUUCUGGACGAGGUGACCUCUGACCUCCUGAGUCACAUGGACGACUGCUUCCUGUUCAUUAAGGAGGCUGUGGACGGAGGCGGGGCUGCACUUGUUCAUUGCCAGGCCGGUCGGAGUCGCAGCGCCACCAUCAUUACUGCUUAUCUGAUGAAGAGAUACCGGCUGGGCUUCACUGAGGCUUACCACAGACUGAAGAGUGUCAAACAGGACGUACAGGUCAACGGUGGUUUUGAGGAGCAGUUGUGUCUGUAUGAGGCCAUGCAGUGUGAAGUGGACACCUCCAGUCCUCUGUACAAACAGUACAGACUGACCAAGAUCACUGAGAAGUACCCUGAGUUGCAGCAUGUUCCCAGGGAGCUGUUUGCCGUUGACCCCGCCCACUCCAGCUCCUCUGAAGUGUCCUAUCGCUGCAAGAAGUGCAGACGAACUCUGUUCCGUGGCUCCAGUAUUCUCAGUCACCCAGUAGGAGAAGGAGCACCAGCCUUUGGUCACAAGAAGUCCAGUAACCUCACUGGAGACGUCCAGUGUACGUCUUACUUCAUUGAACCAGUGCAGUGGAUGGAACAAGCUUUACUUGGAGUGAUGGAUGGACAGCUGCUGUGUCCUAAGUGCAGCUCUAAGCUGGGCUCGUUCAGCUGGUGUGGUGCUCAGUGUUCGUGUGGCCGCUGGGUCACUCCCGCCUUCCAGCUGCACUGCAACAGAGUGGACGAGAUCCAACAGCUGAACAUACAGAAACUGAACAUACAGAAGUAACACACACGCAUACACACACUCGCCGGAAGGGAUAACACACAGCUCAACACACAGUCAAACAGGAAAUAUAAUUUUCAAAUGUUAUAAUCGUCUUGCAACAGGUUAUAAAGACUAACGAAGUUGUAAUGCAGUGCAGUACAGCGGGUUUGGGUGUUGACCAGAAGACCAAACACUCAAAUAUUGAAGAAAAUGAACAUUGUUUUUUAUUACUGCAGGGUUUUGUUUGUACAGACACAGACAAUCAUGAGAGAACACUUUGGAAGUGGACAGAAUUUCAACUCUAGAAUUCACGACGAGUGUGAAGUGUCACUUGACAUCAGGUGGCCUUUCAAAUGUUUAAAGGACUGCUGCAAAGUAAAAUAUUUAACGUUAUACAGAAAUUGGUACUGAAAAAUCAGUCAAUUAUUUGAUUAAUCAGAAAAGGAAUCAUAUAUUUUCAGAAUUGAAUUCCUUAAAGCGGUUAUAAUGGAUAUUUUUAUAAUAACGAUGUAUCAAAUGAAUAUGAAAAGAAUCACUCGUAGUGAUGAACCUACAGAGAAUUAUCAGCUGAAUCUGCAGCUCCCCUCGGCUCUGCGGAGCUUUAUAGUGAGCUUCAGCUCAGUGUUUAGCUGUCCGGCCACAACUUUACUGUUCUGGUUCACUCUCACUGCUCGCAUAGUGUUGAUUUUAGCUGCAGCAGCAGCUGUUUCCAGAGAAAACGCUGUAAAAAGCCGCUGUACACGAGCUGCUCAGCAGCAGACAGCAGACAGACUCUGUCAGAGCUCUGCUGGUGAACACAGUGGAGCAUCUAGCAGCUAAAGAGCCAGACGUUUCCCCCAGGAGUUGGUAGAGCCCCAAAACUGAGCUUACAUUCAUCAGGUGACCAGAAACACCACUCCAAAUGAAGACUAAUGUUGUUCCCUAACUGCUGGAUGAGUAAAUAAGCAACUGUUUGCUAACAAUUCGCCAAAGGUGAUGGUAUGUUAAUGUUGUGUUCACAAUUUGUUUCUGCUGCCCACAAGUGGCCAAAACAAUCAUUUGUUGCAGGUUUAAAGCUGUACUGAUUGUUUUUUGCUGCUGUUGUUUUUGAACCAUUGUUAUUAUAGCUAGAUAUUAAAUAGAAAUAUUUAUUAGUGCAGCUGUAAGACACUUAUUAGAUAAAAGUACCAACUAUUCAUUGCUUACAGCUUCUCAAAUGAGAGAAUGCUUAGUUUUGUCUGUUUCAUGUCACUGUACAUUACAUUGGUCAUUCAAUUAGGCAACUGGAAGACAUCUCUGGGGGGUUGCUGAUAUCUUGUGAUGGACAUGUCAUUAUUUAAAGGAAUAAUAAACUUUAAAGGAAUAAUAAAAACAACAUCAAUAGAUAAAUGAAUGGGGGGGAAACACAUUAGUUGCAGCCCUAACAGCAAAGGUGAAACUGCUACCAGUCCCACAACAGCUCACUAAAGCUUGUAUGCCAGUGUUGGUGUAAUGCAACUGUUCAGAAUGAAUGAGUUAACACGUGUCAGAAAAAGUGAAUUUUAUACCACUUUAUGACUGUUGUGUAAUACACACAAAUCAUGUAAAUAAAUGAAAAAUAAAAACACACUUGUAUGUAUCGAAAAA